ACCAAAAGGAAAUUAGAAUAUGCGAUCUAUUCGGUCUAAAUUUUUUCCCAAAAAUCCUCUCUUUGUGUUUUUUUUUUUCCACUCCUCCAAGUCGCGAUUGAAAUCGAGAGUUUCAUUACUGUUCUUCCAGUUCAAAGCUCAAUUCAACUGUUUCGUCGUCUCUCGUCUUCUUCUUCUCAAGGUUACUGUUCAUAUUGUGUGUUUUGUUCGAGAGAGAUUACACAUGAAUCAUAUCAAUGAAGUUGAAAAAGUUACUUAUUUCGACGAUUUACAAUCUGGGUUUCGUAAUUCAGAUCUCAAUUCGACAACUUUUUUUUGGGGAAAUUCGAGGGACCCAAAUGCCAACGAGUCAGCAUCAUGUCGUUAGAACAGACAUUUCAGAGUUAAAAUCUCAGAUCGAGAAGAAGAUUGGUCGGUCCAAGACUGAGACUUACCUUAAUCUCUUGUCAAAGUUCUUGACUUUAAAGAUCAGUAAACCUGAUUUCGAUAAGCUUAUCGUUGCGACGGUGAAGAAGGAGAAUGUAAGUCUACACAACGCUUUGCUUAAAGGGAUUCUUAGGAAUGUUUGUUUGUCAAAGACACCUCCGUUGAUAAAGAAUGGUAUAGAGAAGAAGAAGAAGAAGCAAUUGAAUGGUUUUCAAUCUUUGUGUAAAGACCUUCCUAAAUCGCCUCGUAAAGGAAGGACUCAGCGGAGGUUUAAAGAUGGUAGUAAAGGGAAGAGUCAGGUCACUGAGGUUGUUUCUUCUAGUGGUAGGCAACAGUGUUGGUCAAUGGAAGAUGGUGAAGAAGUUGACCAGUUGAUUCGUUGUUGGAGAAGUCAACCUAUUGAAGCUCCUCUUGGUGUUAAGUUUAGGGAUGUGGUUAAGAAACAACAUCGUAUAGGGACUUGUUGUUACUCCUCUGGCGAGCUUCCUGACUCUGUUUCUUUAAAGAAGAGCUUAGAGGAUGGGUUGGGAUUGAUGGAGGAAGGGUUAGAGGUUUCGGUUGGGUUUUCUAACUUGUUGAACGCAGGGCUUGAUGUUUUCUUGAAGAGAUUGAUCAAGCCGUGUCUUGAGUUAGCAGCUUCAAGGUCUAGUAGUAGCCAAGGUGAUGUAUACUCUUCGACUAUGGGUUUAUCAGCAUUUUCUCUAGUUGAUUUUCAAGUAGCCAUGGAGUUAAACCCGUCACUACUCGGGGAAGAUUGGCCUGCCAAGCUCGAGAAGAUCCGGUUUGUCAAACCAGAUUUGCCUGCAGAUUCAGACAGGCUACUAACUCUAUAACUAGAUAGAUGUGAUUCUUCCAUUACAGAUUUUGUGUUUCUGAUUAUGUGUAUAUAUAUGUCUUGGUUUUUGUGUUUAUUUGUUUGUAUGCUUAGGUUGGA